AUGAACCUACACCUAUUCUCAGAAGGGAUGAAUAGCAUCGCAUAUGACGCCUCUCUGACUAGACAUCGUCUGAGAGGCACAAGCAAGGUUGCCUCAAACGCCUCUGACGGUUGCCUUAUGGUCACCCGUAUUUUGCAAGACUCCGGAUUGACUUACAAGAAAGUCGUUGUUCGACUAUCGAAUGGAUCUAGCGUGAGGACUCGUGAGCACCGCCAUAUUGCUCAAGAGAGGAUCAUCAAUGGCACCGAUGGCCGCUUGCCCGCCCGACGAGAGUUUGAGGACGCUAUAGGAUUCGUCGUCAGGCCAUUGUUCAACGAAGGGAAUAUCCUGGAAUACCUAAGCGCACGCCCCCAACAAUCUACUGUGAAGCUGAGACUCAUUGCUGAGGUUUCCAGUGCUCUCGGCUACCUUCAUUCGCAGGGUAUCGUCCACGGAAAUGUCUGCCCAACGAAUAUUUUGAUUGGAGACGAUGGCCAUGCUAUGUUAACGGACAUUGGGAUUCAUACUGCAGUUAUUGACUUCAUCUGUGUACCAUUUGGUCGUAUACCAGUUGCGCCCACGACGCGAUACAAGUCGCCUGGGGAGGUGUGCUGCUCGGAUGAUGUGCCACCUCGAAAUGCAGCCAACGACGUCUACAGCUUUGCGAGUUCAACGUAUGAGUUUAAUGACCUCAGGUUUGAGAAGAUCAUGUCUGGCCAGACUCCAUUCGACGGCAUGCGGCUCUAUAACAUCGUUGUUGCGGUCGCUCGCAAUGGCCACUUGCGCUUGCCUCAACCUGGAGGCAUCACGGAUGGCCUGUGGCAAUUGCUUCAGGCUUGCUGGUCGAUUGACCCAGUGCAUCGACCCAACAUCGAAGACGUCGAAAGGCGUCUAGGUGCAUUGCUCACUGAAGACGUUUGA